AUGCUGAUUCAAAUUCUCUCUGUCAACUCGGUUGUGUCUGCGCUCUCUGUUCUCCUCAUCACCAGUCUCUUUAUUCGGAUUCUUCAAAAUCGAGUUUUUCACCCACUACGUUCAGUUCCUGGACCUUGGCUCAACAGCCUCUCAGAAUUGCCUGCUGCGAUAGCUCUUGUGAAGGGAGACCAGCACCUUUACUACAAGUCUCUGCAUGAGAAAUAUGGCUUGGUCGUGCGAGUGUCUCCCAAUGAGCUAAGUUUUAUUGGCACAGAUGCUCGAGAAGAGAUCUAUGGGUUUCGCAAAGGCGGACCUCUCAUGGAGAAGAGUCCCAUAUUUCUCGGGGCCGUGGGAAGCAUGAACGGAGAAACUGGUGUAAGCCUAGCACUGAACAAGGAGCAUUCCCGCCAACGUAAGGCUUUGGGUUAUCUGUUCUCCAACAGCGCUUUGGCCAAGCUAGAGGACAUACUUCAAAUUCAUGUUCAAAAACUCGUAGCCGUACUGGAGAAGGGGGCAUCUGAGAACCAAGCUGUGAAUGUCUCAGACUGGUACACAUACCUUGCAUUUGAUAUGAUGGGCGACUUGUGCUUCGCUGAACCUUUUGGGUGUUUGGACCAAGCCUCGGCUACAGAGUGGUCAACUUCUGUCAUCAACGUUUUCGUGGCGGCUACGUGGACACAGGGCAUACGCCGAAUAUCUGGAGUUGGCACAUGGCUUGAGCGUCUCAUGACUCGGCUUCUGGUUCCUACGAAGGCUUCAUUAUGGAGAUCGAUCCAUUUAAACAAUUCACGCGAUAAAACGGUUCGUCGCCUGCAAGACCCUAACAGAAAUCAUGCAGACUUCAUGUACCACAUUCUCAAUAGCGAGUCUAAAAACUUGUUGUCCAAGACUGAAAUUCAGUUGAAUAUGGCCUUAUUCAUCAGUGCUGGAACUGACACAACGGCUACGGCUCUUGUCGGGUGGACAUACUUCAUUUGUACUCACCCCAACGUGUACAAGCGACUUACAGCGGAGAUUAGAGACGCUUUUAUGGCCAACGACGAUAUCAAAUGGGAAAAGGUUAAAAAUUUGAGGUACCUCGACGCAACAUUAAACGAAACUCUACGUCUUUUCCCACCGUCACCUGCAAGUCAGCAGCGUGUAGUCCCUCCAGGAGGCGCCAUUAUUGCUGGGUAUUAUGUCCCUGCAGGAACUACAGUGGCCGUGCCUCCAUGGGUAUCAACACACUCGCACGUCAACUUUAUAGAACCUGAUACUUUUAGACCAGAAAGAUGGCUAGGAGAGGAUGCUGAGUUUCAAGAUGACCGCUUAAAUGCUUCACUACCAUUCGGAACAGGACCUAGGGUCUGCAUUGGGAAGAACCUAGCAAAUCUUGAGAUGAGGCUCAUUGCCUCCAAAGUACUGUGGAACUUUGAUAUUGAACUUGACAGAAGUAACUACGAGACGGCGAAUCAGCAGUGGGGUCUAAGCGGUCAAAUGAUGCCUAUGAAAGUGUUUCAUUCAAUGACAAAGCUACCACUAUGGAUUAAACUAAAAAAAGUGAAUUUAUAA